ACUCUCUGGGACUUUCAGCUGUGACAGAAGCUCUGACACUGCCUACUGAAGCAGGUUCUGAAGCUCUCAUGUGCAGCGUUUAACAGAUGCUGAGCAGGGCACCUGGUUGCAUUAGCCAAGACUGCAGGUUUCCUUAAUUCCAAGCCAUGAAUGAAUCCAGGUGGACUGAAUGGAGGCUCCUGAACAUGAGCAGUGGCAUUGUGAAUGUGUCCGAACGCCACUCCUGCCCACUUGGAUUUGGCUACUACAGUGCAGUGGAUGUCUGCAUCUUCGAGACAGUUGUUAUUGUCUUGCUGACGUUUCUGAUCAUUGCUGGGAAUUUAACAGUUAUCUUUGUCUUUCACUGUGCUCCACUUUUACAUCAUUAUACCACCAGCUAUUUCAUUCAGACGAUGGCAUAUGCUGACCUUUUCGUUGGAGUUAGCUGCUUGGUUCCUACUCUCUCACUUCUCCACUACUCCACAGGUGUCCACGAGUCACUGACUUGCCAGGUUUUUGGAUAUAUCAUCUCAGUUUUAAAAAGUGUUUCUAUGGCAUGUCUUGCUUGCAUCAGUGUGGAUCGCUACCUUGCUAUAACCAAGCCUCUUUCCUACAAUCAACUGGUCACUCCUUGUCGCCUGAGAAUUUGCAUUAUUUUGAUCUGGAUCUACUCCUGCCUAAUUUUCUUGCCUUCCUUUUUUGGCUGGGGGAAACCUGGUUAUCAUGGUGACAUUUUUGAAUGGUGUGCCACCUCUUGGCUUACCAGUGCCUAUUUUACCGGCUUUAUUGUUUGUUUACUUUAUGCUCCUGCGGCCUUGGUUGUCUGCUUCACUUACUUCCACAUUUUCAAAAUUUGCCGGCAGCACACCAAAGAGAUAAAUGACCGAAGGGCUCGAUUCCCCAGCCAUGAGGUAGAUACUUCCAGAGAGACUGGACACAGCCCUGAUCGUCGCUAUGCCAUGGUUUUGUUUAGAAUUACCAGUGUAUUUUACAUGCUGUGGCUACCUUACAUCAUUUACUUUCUUCUAGAAAGUUCCCGUGUCUUGGACAAUCCAACACUGUCCUUCCUAACAACCUGGCUUGCUAUAAGUAAUAGUUUUUGUAACUGUGUGAUAUAUAGUCUCUCCAACAGCGUUUUCCGGCUAGGCCUACGAAGACUGUCUGAGACAAUGUGCACAUCUUGUUUGUGUGUGAAGGAUCAGGAAGCACAAGGGCCCAAACCUAGGAAACGGGCUAAUUCCUUUUCCAUUUGAAGAGGACUAUGUAGUAAAUCAAAGGAAAUCUGACAGUGGUUUUGGAUUGUAGUCUUGAUUCAUGUGGAAAUUUGCCAUCAUACAUAUAUUUACUUGAAUAAUUGACUCUGAAGUGAAGGAUGAGACUAAAGGUUUCUUUUCUUUUUCCUUUUUGUGGAAGAAACUGAAGAAAAGGAUGUAUAGAGGGUUAUCUCAUAAGAUAAUUAUAGCGUGUGAGUAUAAUUGUGCAGUAAUAGGAAAAAUUAAGCAGUGAGGAUGAAAAAAGUAUCUCAAACCUUAUGUAGGACUUCAGCAAGCCCCUUGGCAUCUGUGUCUCUGAUUAUAUACUCUCUGCCUCUUUGUCUCUCAUUUUGUCUGUCUCUGUUUUGCUCACUCUUUGGGUUUUUGCAAGUUAUGACUUACGUAAAUUGCCCUUUAUAGAAAAAUGCUACGUAUUAUUUUUGUGAUAAAGAAUAAUCUUUUGCAUCAAAGUGUACCUUUAAACACACUGAUCUGCCACCCAUAAGUAGUCUCUUCAUGGAGGAUGUGCAGUAACAUUGUAUUUUAUUACAUGCCACAUAACCACCUUGCUUGUGCUUUUAUUAUCUACAAUGCAACACAAAUUGUCUGUUAUAAACAAAUAAAAACAGUAUUUUUGUUUCUUCUGGGUAAAAUGACAUUUGCUUUUUACCCUCUUCCUAAUAGCCUGCUUUUUUUUUCUCUUUUCUUCCCGAUCUGUAUCCUUUGGUACCUUCAAAGUGUCUUAGCUAAUGAUAGAAUCUGCAGUAUAAAGCAACCGUAAUGUUAAGUAAUUCAUUCUUUCCAACAAAGCAAUCUGGUAGUCUGUUAAAUAUUUUUAAUGAUUUUUGGAAACGUUUUUAUCUGGUUCCUUUUAAUUAUUUCAUGUGCCUAAAAGUGAUGUCUUUUUUUGUGAUAAAAAAAAGCUUCAUUUUUCAAGAAAACCCACAAAUAAUUCUAAUGCACAUGCAGAGUACUCACCCAGCAAUGAGAUAUCAAUCUUAAUGCUACUUGGAAUGUCCUGUUUAAAAAAAAACAAAACAGAACAGUGAAACAUUAAUCUUUUUUGUGCUAGGUCUAUAAUAUCUUAUGCUGUGUCCACUACUCAUCCUUGUGAUAGGUGUUUGCACAUACAGCAAGGAAAAUGUAAAUUAUAUUAUGUGAUCUGUGCCUAAUUGUUUUUUUAGCACAAUAUAUAGAUCAAUGUUGUUUAAGUUGUCAACAUUGGGAAAAGUGUAUACAAAUCUUAUUUUAAGAGAAAAAUACUUUUGUGUAGUUAUUCA